CUCCCCGGAAGUGGGUCCAGACGGGCGAGAGGGCGCAGGCGGGUGGACUAGAGCGGCGCGGUUGGGUGGGAAGGGGGCGAUCGGGCCAUGGAGGACGAGCAGAGCUUCUCGGAUAUUUGCGGCGGUCGCUUGGCCCUGCAGCGCCGCUACUACUCCCCGUCCUGCCGGGAGUUCUGCCUCAGCUGCCCUCGGCUGUCGUUGCGCUCGCUCACCGCUGUCACCUGCACCGUGUGGCUAGCGGCCUACGGACUCUUCACCCUCUGCGAGAACAGCAUGAUCCUCUCUGCUGCCAUCUUCAUCACCCUCCUAGGGCUGCUUGGUUACCUCCAUUUUGUCAAGAUUGAUCAGGAGACUCUGUUAAUCAUUGACUCCCUUGGCAUUCAGAUGACUUCAUCCUAUGCCUCUGGCAAAGAAAGCACUACCUUCAUAGAGAUGGGCAAGGUGAAGGAUGUGGUCAUCAAUGAGGCUAUUUACAUGCAGAAGGUGAUUUACUACCUCUGCAUUUUAUUGAAGGACCCAGUGGAACCACAUGGGAUAUCUCAAGUAGUACCUGUCUUCCAGAGUGCCAAGCCCCGCCUGGACUGCUUGAUUGAAGUGUACAGGAGUUGCCAGGAGAUCCUGGCACACCAGAAAGCUGCAUCAGCAAGUCCAUGAGUCCCAGCAUUUCAGAAGGCCAGUAUUGUCUUCCAUGGGAGAGGACUCCUAAGCCAUAGUGGCUGGUUUAUUUUCUGUAUUAUAAACCAUCUGGUGGACACAGCUCUAAGAACCAGGAUGGAUGCAGUGGAGCUCAGAGCCACAGAGCAGGUGACUGGAAACCUAACUCAUUGUGUGAUGUGGAGCAAAGUAUUUGUCUGUUUUAGUGAUCCCCUUGUAAGGUUCUACCUGCUUUAUCGUUUGAGGGGAGACCUUAAGCAGUGGUAUAUCAAAAGUAACGUUGACAAAGAGCACUUUGUGAAAUUCCUAAGCACAUGCAGGUUUACAUUUUGUAGAGUUUGUGGCGCAGACAUGGGACACUGACAUCAGAUCUCUUAAGAAACAUAAUUUCCUACUACACAGUACCUCUGUGCAAAAGUCGAGCCCUUCAGGUACUGGUGACUAGGAAGAAAUGUCCUACGAAAGACCAGUCUCUGUGCACCUACCUUCUGUGUUCUGUAUAGAGUUAAUUUAUGAUGACUGUCUUAAUAAAUCGAUCCCCUUCCAGAACAUA